AUGGACGCCGAUCGGGGUUUCCCCGACAUGGGCAUGCCCAGCGGAUCGCCUCCCGGCCGUCUUGGUGUCCCUGUAGAUCAUGCGCACGCCCAGCAAGCCGACCCCAGGAUACCGAAGCAAAGGACUUGGUCUCGCGCAUCAUCCGCAUGUCAGACUUGUCGCGGACGCAAGACCAAAUGCGAUAACGAGAGGCCCAUUUGCGGCUACUGCAGGAGAGUUGGCGCAACUUGUACCUACAUCGAAGACUCGGUUCCCGCCACGUCGUUAUGCCAAGGGGUUGGGCCGCGCCUGUUGGGAGCAAUAGAGAACCUGGCCAACCUCAUCCAACGCAACGAGGACAACUUUCGCGCCAUCCCACAACUCAGCCGCGAUCUUUCCCGUGACUCUGCCGACUACCCAGACAGCCCGACAUUUCAAGGCGGACGCCCUGAACCUAAUAUUCUUGGCCAAGACAGCGCCGCCGGUGGCUCGACAAGUCUCUCGCUAUCAGACUCCGCCGGCCUGGAUUCCGUGCUCGAGUGGCCCAUAUUUCCCAAGCCUGUACCAUUCGCGAUAGACCCUUUCAGCCAUGCCUCUCCCCGGGCUGAGGUGUUCUCCCCGAGGUCACCUCCAGCCAUGGAGUUCUACGAACUGUCCCGGCUUGUUGACCUGUUUCUUGCAAACGUCAAUCCCAUGAAUCCUGUAAUUGAUGGUCAAGUGCUGCGUCAGAUGCUGAAGCAAGUUGCGGAGAACGGCCCUGACUGGUCGGCUGCAACUUGUAUCGUUGCGCUUACAUGUGCUCUUGGCGCCAUAUCACAAAGACCUGGACAGAGGACACCUAGUGGGACCCCUCGCGGGUACUCUGUGGAACCUAAUCGUCAUCUGGCCUCGCGAUACUGGUCCGUCGCGGAGAAGCGGCUGGGGUUUUCCAUGGGAUCGCCAGGGUGGGAAUCUGUCCAAUGCUUGUGCCUGGCAGGAAUCUGGCACAUGUAUAACAUGGAUCCCCUACAGGCCUGGAAAUGUUUCAGUAUGGCGAGCAACACGUGGUACACCACCUCGCUGAUGAACAAGCUGGCAAAGUCAUCCGGCAAAGCCGAAACGCCGUCUGACUUCCCCCAGUCACUAUCACUAGAGCAGAUACUCUACUUCACCUGCUUCAAGUCUGAGUGUGAGCUCGCGUUUGAGCUUUCUCUGCCCGGCUCCAUCUUGGCCGGGGUGGACUAUCCAUAUAGCCUGCCCAACCCCUCCAGUCCUGGGGUUGUGAAUAUUGACAACAAGCCCCUCCUCAUGGAACACAGAUCUUGGCAUUACUACCUAGCCGAGAUCUCCGCGAGGCAUCUCAUCAACCUCAUCAAGCAGGCUCAGAAGAGGUCGCCUUUAAAUCUGACCGAUGCCGGCAUUGACCGCAUGCUCGAGGUCUUUGACGUGUAUGAAGCCCAGCUGACGGACUGGUACGAGCAAUUGCCUCCGCCAAUCUCGUUUCAAGUCCCAGCCGGAGAAAUAUCCCCACUUGCCGAUGACUUGUGCCAAAUGCUGCGUUCGCGGUACCUGGCAAUCCGAGAGUUACUCUGCAGGCCGUUUGUGCGGCUAGCCACAACCAUUUCCAUUCCCGUAACAGUGUCGGAACACGCCCUUACGAGGGUAGCGGAGAUCACCUCCAGAGGGUUGCAGUACUGCCUAUACAGGAUACAGGCCACCUCAUCGACGCCACAUCAUGGCCUUUGGCUCCAGCUGCGAGGCUUCGUAACAUGCUCUCUGAUGCUAACGGCCGCCGAACGCGCUCAAACGAUACCCUCGCUCAACAUACCAAGUAGAAUGGCGUACCCGAAGAACUGGAAGAGAACGAUUUUGGUUCAAAAAGACAUACUGUCAAACUGUUGGGAGUUCGACGAAGGUGGCAUCAGUGACUGCGCCAGGGUACUAGACUGGGCGCUCGCAAAGUUCACUGUUUAA